GCGCCAUCUGCGGUGAAUCGAGGAUUAGUUCACAACAUUUUUCUCUGACAUAAAUUUUGCAGCUUGAAAAAUGGCGCCGACCACUAGGGAUGUAGGAGACAAGGGUCAGCGGACAUCCAUCGUCUUUGAUGUGUCAAAGAGGGAGCUAUUUUCAACGCAAAAUGGAUUCAAACAACUCAACAAGAAACUCAGAUCGAACUGGAAAAUUGUCAGCAAUAAAGAUGAGAUCACUGAUGAAAAAUUAUCAAGUGCCAAGGUGUUUGUGAUUGCUGGACCGAGAGACAAAUUCACUGCACCUGAGUUUGAGGCAAUCAAGAAAUACAUGGAGAACGGAGGGAGUGUCUUGGUCAUGGUCGGAGAAGGGGGAGAGACAAAGUUUGACACAAACAUAAAUUUUCUCCUGGAGGAAUUUGGUAUUAUGGUCAACAAUGACUGUGUUGUCAGAACGUCCUACUUCAAAUACUUUCAUCCAAAGGAAGCAUUAGUAUCGAAUGGAAUUUUAAACAGAGCAAUCAGUCAAGCUGCCGGAAAGAGCGUACCAGGUAGUGGUGAUGAAGAUGCACAAAAUGAUACACAAGCAUUAACGUAUCUCUACCCAUAUGGAGCAACGCUGAAUGUAGCCAAGCCUGCCUCUGCCAUCUUGUCAACGGGAACCGUCUGCUUUCCUCUCAACAGGCCUGUCUGUGCGUUACACUCGUCUAAGUACUCUAAAGGAAAGUUGGCUGUCCUUGGAUCUGUUCACAUGUUCUCUGACCAGUAUUUGGAGAAGGAGGAGAACAAUAAGAUCAUGGAUGUACUCUUCAAAUGGCUUACCACGGAUGAAGUGGUGCUCAAUGCCAUAGAUGCUGAGGAUCCGGAGAUAUCAGACUAUAACUUUCUACCGGACACGUCUAAGCUCGCUGAUAAACUACGGACAUGUUUGCAGGAGAAUGAGGACACGCCUAGAGAUUUCAACACCCUGUUUGAUGGAACCGUGUACAGCCUGGACACUAAAGUGGUUCCCAAAGUUGUCAGAGCGUAUGAAGCACUCAAUGUGAAGCAUGAAAACCUAGCGCUGAUCCAACCCCAAUUUGAAGUGCCGCUGCCUCCUCUACAACCAGCGGUGUUUCCGCCAGCAUUUAGGGAACUUCCCCCGCCGGCCCUAGAUCUGUUCGACCUAGAUGAAUCGUUUUCGUCAGAGAAAGCCAGACUGGCGCAGAUCACGAAUAAAUGCACCGAUGACGAUCUGGAGUACUACGUGCGGGAGUGUGGUGAUAUCUUGGGGAUCAGCAUGAAGCUCCCGGCAGACUCACGCGAUGCCAAACAUAUCCUGGAGCAUGUCUUUGCACAGGUGGUCGAAUUCAAGAAACUCAACCAGGAUGAUGCUGAUGAUGAGGUCAUGUGAUGACCAUACAGGAAUAUGAUUGGAUGGUAAGGUCAUGUGAUGACUGUACGUGGAUAUGAUUGGAUGACUUCUUCUUUAUCUGUAUUCUUGACACUAAAGUGCUCUCAAAACCUUGUGAUGGACACCAUGUAAGCACUAACAUCAAGUCAUCAGGUCUUGACAGCGUUAACAGUUCCUCAGGUUCAACUAGCUUUGCCUUAAGCCCUUUGCACACUUCACAAUGCAAUGGCGACCCGGGGCCUGUAACACAAGUCAUCUUAGACGAACAUCUCUGUGAUUGAUUGCAUUGAUCCCACUUUACAAUCAAUCAUGAAAAUCAAGUGUAUGAUCAAUCGCUAACCUUUGUGUUACAGGACCCCGAUUAUGGGGGGAAAAAUGCAUUUUGCUUGAAAUUUGAAAGCUCAAACAAGAAAAGUCCUUGUAUUUGAAAUUUCAAAGAUGAAAUUUCAAGAUGGGCACAUGUAGAUGUAUGAGCAAGAAUAUCCUUUGUUAAUCACCGUUUGGUGACAAAAAACAGAUGGGAUAUUCUUUUACUCAGAUAGUAAAUGAAAAAAAAAUUGUUUGCCACAUAUGUCAGGUUUUUACAAAUAAUAUGUAGAUAGGUGUUCACAGGAAAAUCAGUUUUAUGAUGAUGCUAGGUUGGCAAAUCCUUGCAUUUAAACAAGAGAUCAUGUUGAUUAAUAUAUGAUAUAAAUGAUAAUAAUAAUUUGUAUAGGCGUAAUUCAAAUGUUUCUGAGGGCUGCAUACUAUUACCCCGGCUUUAGCAUGGCAACCCUGAUCGGGCGCAUCAAGCACUCAAGGAAAUCCUUCCUACUGAGUUUCCUCUGUUAUUUGAUCUUUCAUUCAGUUUAACAUGUCAGAUGUGUCAGCAGUCCAAAAUAUUUUACAAAUUGUCAUCUUCACCUUGAAAUUGGUCUCAAGAAGUUGAGAUCAUCUACUGGUUUCGGUUGAUUUUAAUCAGUCAUAAUUAUGUAAAACAAACACGCGUAAGGCUUAAGCGUAAAUGUACUUACAGGCAUGUUUUUUCAUGUGUGUAGUCAGUAAUACACUGGCAUGUGUUCAUGAAAAUAAACAUAUUUUUUGCUAGAUAAUCAGACUUUUAUUGUAUGAAUUUUGAAAAGUCGCUACCGGUACUUUAGUAAUCACAAGCAUUGGCCUGCCUUGUGCAUAUAGAGUGACUAUGUACUGUAUAAUUGUAUAUUUUCUGUGUCUAUUUAUUGAAAAUGACUACUUAUUUUCAUUAGUUUACUUUACCUUUUUUUUUAAUUAUUAGGAGAGAGUAUCAAAGCUGUGAUUUACAAUGCAUUCCUCCUGAUGUAUAUUGCUAAGGAUGAUACUGUUAAAUAAUCUUUGAUCCAAAAAAUCUUGGUUUACCAAUAUGAGCAAAGAAAUUUCGAAAUUUGGGGCACUGUAGGUUUUUGAAAAAAUUCAAGUUCUAGUUUGUAACACGAAGGUUUGCGUUUAAUCACAAAUCAAGAGGAGGGAAAAUCUGGAGAUUUUGGUCAAAUCAUACUCAUGGAAUGCAAUCUACUGCAAAUUAAUUGGAUAACUGGAUAACUUGUUAAGUUUGUGCACAUGAAGUUUCCAUUUAUUCAUGACAUAUACUCAAAUCUUUUUACAAAGAAAAUCUUUCUAAACUCUGAGGCAUUUGUUAUGUCUUAUGCACUGUUGUUACAAAUGUGAUGCUAAGCUUUGUUGCUGAGUAUUGUCUCACUAUGUCUCAAUGACACUUUUCAUUUCAGAAUCACCUUGAAAUACAUCAAAUU